AUGGCAGGAGGUCCACCACCAAACAUGGACUUUACAAACAGAGACUCGUUUCACGGAGACGUGCCUCCGCCAUCGUAUUCAGAGACAGAUAUUUACUCGGCCACCACUCGCUCUCCUCAAGUUCCACAUCCUGCCUUUCCCGCUGCCGGCUCCGGCUCUGGAUCCGGCCACGGCCCCACAGCUCCGGGUGAUCACGUCGCCUUUCCAAUGUCACCCACUUCAACCACUGGAUCAGUCAUUUACACUCCUCCAGAAACGCCUCAAGCAGUGAAUUCAAAUAUUGAAAUACCAGUACAACUAUUGCGUAAUCGCUUGGCCUCUGCCACACGCUACUUUGAGACUCGACCGCAUUCACCUUCAACGUCUCUUUCGUUUGAAUACAGUAUUGCUGUUACCCCGGAUUCUGUACCUGCUGAUAUCCCUUACCCUGAGAACUGGGCUGCGCACGAUGUCACGCCUCAGGACUGGGCGACGUUUGUCAACUUUCUUUUGCCUGAUCAUGACGCAGUAAAGAAUGAAGCGAUUUUUGGUGGAGAGACAAAGAGUGAAGACGGUUCUGAUGUCAAGUCUGCCACUCCCAAUGCAAACGCCAAAUCAGAGCGACAAGCUGCUGAUUUCAGUGAGCGACAUCUGUUCCGUCAAGAAGCUGAGGCUACAAUAUACCAUUGGAACACUGGCUUCUUCAUACCCCGAAAGGUAGUCGUGUUACUUAUACCCGAGGAACCAGUACAUGUGUCUGGAAGACAGGAGACGGCACUCAAUAGCCCUCCAGAGGGAAUCCCACAGCCUGGACCCUCAUAUCAGAGAGAAGCAAUGCCGCAGCAUAGAGAAGGACGUUUUCAAGGCGGUUGGGGAGGCAUCCCACGAGGGGACAGAUUUGUCGCUGAUGCCAAUGGACUUCGAAUUGGAGAUUUGCACAUGGAUAGUAGAGGUAUUCGCAUGGGCGGACAGAGCAUAGGAGACGCCUGGCUUUUUGGACCUGGGCGUGAACAUAGACAUGCACCUCACGAAGCCAACUUUGGUCCUACCCGAGGACGAGCACCUCACAACCACCAUCAUGGAGCUCGCAAUCGCUCUUCUUCGACGUCGUCUUCUUCAUCAUCCGAUUCUUCAUCAAGCGCCGACUCUAUCGGCUCACUCCCGGAUCAUGACGACAUAAAAGAAGAGCAACUACCCUUUUACGUCGCUCGUCUCGAGCAAUGGAUCGCCAACCCUCAUGAAGUGCGCAGCAAGGCAGAUGUCAAACAGCUCAAGGCGGAACUGAAAGCAGGGAAGAGGAACACAACCCCUCUCAGCCCAAAUAUCGACCGAAAGGAACUCAAGAAGCAGAGCAAGACUCUCGCUCACCAAUGGAAGAGUUUGAAACAUAUUCUCGUCGUAGCUACAUAA